AAACACUUGGUGUAAAUCUUUACAUAAAAUACACAAAUACAUAAGUGUAGGAUUUUAUCAAAUGAUCCUAAUAAUAAUAGUGAACGAUUUCAGCCAAAACUAAUAUAUUUUUUCUUUUGUAAGUAAAUUGUUGAGUUUUAUUUGUGGAUUAUCUUCUAUCCCACACGUAUAGUGAUCUCAGAAUAAACAACGAACAGCACACAGAUGAACAUGCUUAAUUAACGUUUCUCUAUAUAAGUAUUUUAAUGUGUAGGAGAAAUUAUAUAAAAAAAAAUCGAAACCACAAGUAAUAAGCCCCACUCCACUCUCCGUGGACACCAAGAGCGCAGUUCCUGUUUAUAAGCUUGAGCAGGUCAGAUGGCGCUGCAAUAAUAAAUAUAUAAUAUUAAUCAACAUAGACGCCUUUCUUGGUGUCUCCUCUGGGCCCCAGUGUGUGCUGCUGGCCACUCUCCGGCUGGUGCCGCCCUACGGCCCAUAGCCCUGUACUUGCUGGUUCUUCAUCCCCCGCCAUGUGGAGUGUGGCAGUCCCUCUCUGGAGCAUGCCUCUUCCACCUUUCCCCCCUCUCCCUGCAUCAUGCCACUUCAACUCUCUUCUCUCCAUAAAGCAUGCCGCUUCUCCUCCUGCCCCUCUUCCUGAAGUAUGUCGCUCCUUCUCACUCUUCCUGUAGCAUGCCAUUCCCUUCCCCCCACUCCAUGUAGCAUGCUAUUCCCUCCCCCCACUCCAUGUAGCAUGCCAUUCCCUUCCCCCCACUCAAUGUAACAUGCCAUUCCCUCCCACCCCCCAUUCCAUCUAGCUCCCUCCCCCUCCCCCGCCCCCGGGUACCUAACAUGUGGAAGAGUUUACCAGGAGAGGUAAUUGAGAGUUUAACAGCUCUUUGUAGUGUACCUUAUACGAAAUUAAAUAUAUAUGUUGAGAGAACAUUUGGAACAGCGAAACAGAUGUGUUUACAAACACCUUCAUACCGGUGGAAGACAUUCAUCGUCACAUGUUGGCCAGAGUAACUAAGGAACGGAACACUAUAGAGGUCUCGCAAGUACUUCUGGUACUCGUAAAGACACCGCCCAUAUUCUUCCAGCCUUGAGCACCUCUCACAUGUGCAUUGUCCUUGACGUCACCCGUGACGCAAUACUUGCGUAGUCCGUGACGUCACGAAUGAAACGCACACACACACACUGGGUGGGUGGUGAGGAGUCCCCCUGGUGAUUAUUGAUCUGGAGGCUGAAGCAUCACCACCACCACCACCACCACCACCACCACCACCUCCAUCACCACCACCAACACCAAUACCAUCACAACCACUGCCACCACCACCAACACCAGUAGCAGCAACAGCACCGGCCACCACCAUCAUCACCACCUUGGCCACCACCUCCCACCUCCGGUAGAAGAAAUGGCCUCGUAUAUCAAACUCCAGAUGAUGCAAAGCUGAAGAGGAACGUGAAAACAGAUGAGGACUGCAGAAAGUUACAGGAGAACCUUGAGAAACUACAGGAGUGGUCAGACAAAUGCCUGCUAACGUUCAAUCCCAACAAGUGUAAGAUGACUCGCUACAAGCAGCAAACAGAUGUAGACGAUGAUACUAGUUCAGUUGGCUCUGCACGCACGGAAGAGCUCCCCACCGGCACUACUACCGUCCAUUAUCACAUGGGGUCACAUUGGUGGCGAUCUCGUACUUCUCUGGAAAAGGCACUACUAGUGGGUUGGAUACUGCAGCUAGUAGUAGUAACAAUACUUGUGGCUGUGCUUCAUGUUCAAACAAAGUUCAAGCCAACUUUACACAUGCUUCUUUCUCACCCACAUAAUUCAAGUCCUGGUGAAGUAUGCUUAACUCCAGAUUGCGUCAUCCUUUCUGGGUCUUUGCUCAAUAGCAUGGAUUCUAAAGUAGAUCCAUGUGAUAACUUCUAUGAUUAUGCAUGUGGGGGAUGGGUGUCCAAGAACCCUAUUCCUGAAGGCAAACCAAUAUGGGGAACUCUCAAUAAACUGGCAUCAGACAACCAGAUCAUCAUGCAUAAUGUUUUAGAAUCAACUGAAAAGACAGAAAGCAAGGCAGAAGAGAAGGCGCGGGUGUUUUAUCGCUCGUGUAUGGAUGUCAAUAAAACUAUUGAGAAACUUGGUGGCAAACCAGUUCUUCAGUUAAUUGAGCAAAUGGGUGGCUGGUCCAUUACAGGAAAUUGGUCUGCCAGCAACUACAGCUUAGAAGAUGAUGUUAUCAAGAGUAAAGUUGAUUUUAACUCUGAGGCCUUGUUCUCCUGGGUGGUUGCUGAAAAUGACAAAAAUUCUUCGAGUCACAUUUUGCAGUUCGAUCAAGGUGGUUUAACUCUGCCGGCUCGCAACCACUACCUCAAUGAAUCGGAAAAAGCAGUUGUAGAUGCUUAUAUUGAAUAUAUAACAAAGGUUGGGGUGCUUCUGGGUGGAGAAGAAGACGCCACUAGACAGGCAGCUACGGGCAUUUUAUCAAUAGAACAUCAGCUGGCGACAAUCACUGCUCCAGAUGAUGAACGUAGAGAUGAUGAUAAGCUGUAUCACCUUAUGAAAAUAGAUGAUCUUAAUAAAUUGGCACCAUUUAUGGACUGGGGAACUUUCAUAAAUUCGGCAUUUAACAAAAUAAACAAACAUUUAAGUGGCUCAGAAGAUGUAGUUGUCUAUGCCCCAGACUUUUUGAAAAAUCUUGCAAAGAUUCUUGAUAACACAAUUGCAACCGAAGAGGGAGUUAUAAAUGUCCACAACUACCUGGUGUGGCAGGUUGUCCGUAACUAUGUUGGCUUCUUAUCUCAAGAGUUCCGAGAAGCUGCUAAAGUACUAGAAAAGGCACAGAUGGGUGUAAUCGGGACCGAGGAGUCCUGGAGAGAGUGUGUUGUGGCAACAGAUGCAGCUCUGGGACCCGCUGUUGGCGCCAUGUACAUUCGUAAAGCCUUCCAUACAGACUCAAAGAACAUGGCAGAAGAGAUGAUCAAAAGAGUUCGAAAAACCUUUAAAGAAAAUUUGGAGUCUGUACACUGGAUGGACAAAAAGACACUUAAAGCUGCAAUUGAUAAAGCUUCUUCUAUAUCCGAGAUGAUUGGCUUUCCAGACUAUAUCCUCAAUAAGGCAGAGCUGGAUGCAAAAUUUACUGACCUAAAAAUAAAAGAAAAUGAUUUCUUCCAAAAUAAUGUCCGUGUUAACAACUUUAUUGUUAAAGAAAACUUGGCUCGUUUAUUCAAGCCGGUGAACAAGACAAGAUGGGAAAUGUCUCCACCUACAGUCAAUGCUUAUUAUUCUCCAACGAGAAAUAACAUUGUAUUCCCAGCGGGUAUACUUCAAGCUCCAUUUUUUCACCAAGGCAAUCCAAAAUCACUCAACUAUGGUGCUGUGGGCGUAGUGAUGGGGCAUGAGCUUGCUCAUGCAUUUGAUGAUCAAGGAAGAAAAUAUGACAAGGAGGGAAACUUAGAUCAGUGGUGGCAGCAAGAAACUUCUGAUAAAUUUAAGAACUUAACGCAGUGUAUGGUGGACCAGUACUCUGCUUACAGCCUCCGAGGAGAAAAUCUAAAUGGCAAACUUACAUUGGGUGAGAAUAUAGCAGACAAUGGUGGGCUGAAAGCAAGCUUCCGGGCUUACCAGGAGUGGGUCAACGAAAAUGAGGAAGAGAAAGCUUUACCAGGCAUCAGCCUCACCCAUCAACAGCUGUUCUUCCUUGGCUUUUCUCAGGUAUGGUGUUCCUCUAUCACUAAAGAAGCAGCUCACCUGGAGAUCAUGAAGGAUUCUCAUGUGCCCGGUGAGUUCCGUGUAUUUGGUUCUCUCACAAAUUCUCCAGAUUUUGCUACUGCUUUUAAUUGUCCAGUAGGGUCUAAAAUGAACCCAAAGAAGAAAUGCACUGUGUGGUGAAACUAAGGGCAUAUUCUCAUAUUUAAAUAAUUUUUUAAGCAAAAGUAAGAAAUAUAUAAUUGAAUAAACAUUUCAGAUUGUGUCACUUGAAACUAGCACAAACUUAAGUACAAUGUAAUAAUAAUCUUAUCAGUACUUAAUUUUAAAUUUUGGUUAACAGGCUGUAAACACUUUAGCAUGGCUCAUUUAGUGUCUGGAAUAAGCACUGAUAUAUUUCAAAUUUAUAAUAUACAAUUAUAUAAAGUAAUACAAAUGUUUCAUGAUUUUUUAAAUGAAGCAUAUAUACCUACAGUGCAAUGGUAAAUGCUGUAUACAAACUUAAACUUGCAUUAAAAAAUAGCAGUGCAGAAGGAAAUGAAAAAAACUUGCAUUAAAAAAUAGCAGUGCAGAAGGAAAUGAAAAUAUUUGUAUAUAUUGCCAUCAAGCCUGCUGUUGGGUCUAUACUGUAUAUAGAUACUGUACUUUUUUUUUACAUACAGUAAUUAAAAAAAAAAUUAUAGUGAUGUCAAUGUAAGCUGGGAACCAGCAGGGUAUAAAAGCUUCCUGAAUAGUGGGCUGGUUAGUUGUACCCUUUCCUGACUCUCGGGCAAGCACAUCAUUACUGUAUAUAUAAGCAGUUGAACAUAUCCAGUUACACGCAGAGACACUAUUAAUUCAUCUUCUCAUCUCCUUCAUUCUUUCCAAUCAUGCUUCAGUUUCUACUCUCCAUCCUCCCCUCUCUUUACACACUUCAUUUCUUUGUCCUGCACCUCUUGCUAGUUGAAUCCUUCCUCUGCUCUCUCUUCUCUCACUCACCCUCUCUUCUCACUAUCACUGCUGCUCUUCCUCCUCCUCUUCCACUCACUUACAAACUUCAAGAACUGCACACAAUCAGUAGAAAGUCUUCAACUGCAAGACAUUGUACCCCAGUGGGCACAGUAUGCAAGAAUGGCAUUAAAUCAACACCAUCAACGUUGAAUUGGCAUUGCUCUUGAAUAUUAUGCAUACUGGGUACAGUGUGCUACAUAUACCACACACAAUAGUUCAGAUAUUGCUGAUAGAAAAGCAACACAAACAUCAUAAAUUUUAAUGUUACUGUACUAAUAACAAGAGAUUUAAAUUGUCUUUACAAGAUUUUCUAGGAAAACAUUGCAGUUCAUCAUAUUUAUGGCAGACAAAACAUGUGACAGUUUUUUAUCAGAUAACGAAUCAUUAAAGCUAUAAUUGUAACUUAUUUUACUGAAAACCAACAUACAAGGUCAUUGCUGACAUACUGGACAAGAACAAUAUCACUACAGUAUUACUAUAUGGUAUUGUGAACAAGAAUGGAUAUUGUGAACAGUAUGGACAUUUUUGGACAGACAAAAUCAGUACUACCAUAUUGGAUACUGACAAAAUAAAUACUAGUACUGCCAUAUUGAAUACUGACAGAGUGAAUAUCCGUAUUGCCAUACUGGAUACCUAUGGUUGCUGUAGUACUGUAUAUUAAUGUAUAAUAAUAAAUGCAGUGUUUGACCCCUGACAACUUAAUAUGUAAUGGCAGGACUUAUUUAGCCCGGUAAUUAAACUGGUUUUCAUUAAAUCCAAAAUACAGUAGACCUGCAGAUCAACAGAGGGAUACAUUCCUUGAAACCACAUGUAAAAAUCAACCAUAAACAAUUUAUUUAACCCUAUUGAAAUAAUGUUACAUUCCAAGACAAAUAUAUUACAUAUAUUAACUAUUUUACUGUAAAAUAACAAAUUUGAAUGUAAAACAAAAUAAUCUGAGGCAAUUUAAAAAAUGUCAUAUCUUUUUGAUGAGAAUGAGCAUUGAUAAGACUAUGUAAACUUCAUGGGCUUAAAUAUUGACAAACAAAGUUACUGCUUACCAAGCUAUUUAACAUUCAAGUAUAUAGCCUCAAUAUGAUUUAAGUUAUGUUUGUUCCAAAUCAGUAAAGACUGUUGGCAGCAUCUGUCCUGCUAUUGAUUUCCAUAGCAUGGCAGAUGAAUGAUAUUCUUGUGUGCAAGGGGCUGGAGAGACUGGUACACCACCACAGGGGCAUGCUUAGUCUCCUAUUGAGAAUGCAAUUAUUGAAUGCAAUUGAUUUUAAAUUCUAAUUGUUGGUACUAACAUACUAACAUUGGUACUAAUUGUUUGAGUGUGUAGAAAUAUAAUUUUACCAUGCAGAAUAUUUUAAUUGUUUAAUGUAUUUUAUUGUAAAGCAGAGGGACAUGUAAAAUUGCAGUACAAGGAAUUGUGAGCCUACUGUAUUAUCUUUCAUAAACUUUAAUUAUUUUGGUGCAUUAUUUCUGGGAGGAUCCCAUCAGUAACUUUCUGAGUUUAUUCUGAUACAGUACCACUAAACUUUAGCCCAACACACCUGGCUUCAAAGACUCAUUUAUUACCUACUGCAGGCCAUGGGUAGAAUCGGGCUCCCUUAGAAGCACGAUAAAGAGAAGUUUGCAGAACAGAGAUUGACCCAAAAUCAGGACACCCCCCCCCCCCAAAAAAAAAAUAGGUACAA